UAAAUAAGAAUUGAAAGGUGGAGAGAGAGAGAGAGAGAAAGAGGAGAGAGAGAUCACAUGGCGUCGUUGCCGCUGGGGCCUGAGCAACAUCACCAUAAUCCACCACCCGACCAUCAUUAUCAUCAUAAUAAUGUUAUUGACCAAGCUCCUCUUCAUCCUCCCGCCGCCGUGAAGCUUCCUCCCGCCGCUACCCGUAAUAUGGACACCGACAAGGAGAUGGCAGGGCCGAUGGUGGAGGGGAACGAUCCACUCACCGGUCACAUCAUUUCAACUACUAUUGGAGGGAAAAAUGGCGAGCCCAAACGGACAAUUAGUUACAUGGCAGAGCGUGUUGUGGGAACAGGAUCAUUUGGAAUAGUUUUUCAGGCAAAAUGCUUGGAAACUGGAGAAACGGUGGCCAUAAAAAAGGUCCUGCAGGAUAAGCGGUAUAAAAAUCGUGAACUGCAGUUAAUGCGGCUGAUGGAUCAUGCAAACGUGAUUUCUCUUAAGCACUGUUUCUUUUCCACAACCACCAGAGAUGAGCUUUUCCUUAAUUUGGUCAUGGAUUAUGUCCCUGAAACUAUGUACAAGGUCCUAAAGCACUACACCAAUUCUAAUCAAAGGAUGCCGCUGAUUUUUGUCAAACUGUAUACCUAUCAGUUAUUUAGGGGGUUAGGAUAUAUGCAUUCAGUUGCUGGGGUUUCCCACAGGGAUAUAAAGCCUCAAAAUAUAUUGGUUGAUCCGCUAACUCACCAGGUCAAGAUAUGUGAUUUUGGAAGUGCUAAAGUUCUUGUGAAGGGUGAAGCCAAUAUAUCCUACAUUUGCUCUCGUUAUUAUCGUGCCCCUGAACUUAUAUUUGGUGCAACUGAGUAUACGUCAUCAAUUGAUAUCUGGUCAGCUGGUUGUGUCCUUGCUGAGCUUCUUUUGGGCCAGCCUCUCUUUCCAGGAGAAAAUGCAGUGGAUCAACUUGUAGAGAUUAUCAAGGUACUUGGUACUCCAACCCGAGAAGAAAUCCGAUGCAUGAAUCCAAAUUACACCGAUUUUAGGUUCCCCCAGAUUAAGGCCCAUCCUUGGCACAAGGUUUUCCAUAAACGGAUGCCUCCGGAGGCCAUUGACCUUGCUUCUAGGCUACUACAGUACUCUCCAAAUCUUCGAUGCACAGCUCUAGAAGCAUGUGCCCAUCCUUUCUUUGAUGAGCUCCGGGAGCCCAAUGCCCGCCUCCCAAAUGGUCGCUCUUUUCCUCCUCUCUUCAACUUUAAACAGGAAUUGAAUGGAGCUUCACCUGAAUUGAUGAACAAGUUGAUACCAGAGCAUAUCAGGCGGCAAGCUGGUCUGAAUUUUCCCGUUCCUAAUCCUGCUGGGACGUGAUCCAAAUCAAAUGAGACGGUAUGUGUGAUCAUUUGAUGGAUGAGUAGCUAAAUGAUCUCUUGGUGAUGUUGUCAAGUCCUAAGUUGGUGGUUUUUGAGGUCUCCCAGUAAUAUAUACUGAAUACAUGCACAUAUUGACUACUUUGUCGGUGCGUCUAAUGUUCGUUGUAGCUAAACGAGUUUCGUCUCUUCUGUACAUCCAUUUUGGUUUAAACCCAAGAUUAUGAUAUGUAGGAAGCAAAUAUGGCUGUGUUGGUAUUAGUCUUAGCAGCAGGAUUUUAAGUUUAUUUCUGUAUGUUUUCAGUUCAUGUUCUGUUUUCCUCCCUUGACAACCUGUAACUUGUCAAAUUCUUAAAAGCCUUAUUUUGAAGCUA